AUGUCUCGCUCCUUAAAAAAGCCUUUAUACGUUAAUGAAAAAAUCCAAGUUAAGGUGGAAAAAGCCAAUCAGUUAGGAAAAAAAAUAGUCUUUAAGGUUUGGGAUAGGGCUUCAACUAUUACUCCGGAAAUGAUUGACCACACUCUCCUUAUUCAUAAUGGGAAAAAUUUUCUUAGUCGUAAGGUUACUCAAGGUAUGGUGAAGCACAAAAUUGGGGAAUUUGCCCCCAGCCGUAAAAAGGGUGAGCAUGAAAAGCGACAACUAACCAAAGAAGAAAAACAAUUAGCUGAUGAAAGGCAGAUUGCUCGGGCUUGUGCAGAAUAUGUUCGUGAAACAAAGUUGUUUCGUGAUCUUGGAGGGAUUAGUGAUAAAUCAAGAGCAAUUGUUAUUGAUCAAAGAUUAAAACUUCUUACAAUUGUUCACGUCCUUUCUGAUCCCAAAAAAAGAAAAAGAUAUGAUGAAUACUUGAAUAAAUUUGGGAAUGACGAACAGUUUGAGCCAGAUUUUGACGUCAAUAACGUAAAUAAUUGGCCUCCCGCUCGAGAAAAAAUUAACGAAUGA